GCCAGGGAUAAGAGAAUUCUGCUUCCCCGCUUCAAGUGUGCGGCGACAAUCUUCCAAAUGUGUACAUCGCCUUCGUGAUAGGGCUCAUUAUCAUUCCGGCCAAACGUCUCAACUUCACUGUAGAGCGAAAAAAUUUCUGAUCCGGGAUACCUCCAGUCGUGCAGGAUGUUAAGGUGAUCUCUGCGUCAAAUGAUCAUUUAGGCAGAGCAUAUCCCCUAGGAUCCUCAUGCUCUGCUGGCGCAGGCUGGUCUUGAUUACCGAAUACCCUUGAAAUACGCAUCCAGUUCAACUGCAAUGUGGGCUGGCCUGGCCAGUCGGAUAAGACUCAACGUAAUUACGGCUUUUCUCGUUCUAAACCAUUGCUAAACUUCGCUUUGCACAUAUGCGAGUUUAUGGUCAAUGCGAACACUACCAUUCAUCAGAGGACUACUUCUGAAUCAUAGGAUUAACGUUCGUCACAUGAACGCACGAUCUGCCAAGCCGGAGAAAAGAACGACCUUCUCGCAUGUUGAUGCGUACGUCGAUGUUCAUGCCAAGAGCAACUCGCAACAGCGUCGAUAUGGGUCUAGGCGAUGUUCACGACUAAAGGAGCGUUGUCGCAAAAUUAAGAUACCGGGGUAAAUUUAACCUUCUGACGUUGGUGCCUGGAGAAGCACCGC